AUGGCUGGCGGCACUCAGCGGCAGACCGCCGCAGUUGGCAACGGCGUCCUGUUCGAAGUCAUCUUCAAGAAUGCCGACCCUCGGAAGCAGCCAAGCCACGGCAUCUCAUUGAGCUACGGAGGCCAGGUUUACAGCUGCAAUGAUGCGGCGUCGGUCCGUUCAGUCCACACCAUCCACACGGACGACGAGGGCGAUGAUGAUCCACGCAAGUCUCACUGUCAGAGCAAAGCCCACGGCCGAGCCUCUCCGAAGGAGGUUUCUUCGUUAUCUGCAUGCCUGAAGAGAAGCCCUCAGAAAUCUGCUCUGCAGCCCACCUCUUUGCUCAAGCCUUCGCCAAAGAAGCUCAAGAGAAGCCAAACUCUCUCGCCUUCGCAUCAAUCCCGAGCGCGCUCAAUUCUGGCUCCAUUCUCCAACCUUUCACGAAAAAUAUCUGGUCGGCGCCAUAGCUACCACGAGAGCACAAAGACGAAGGGAGAUAAGAGCCAAACUCGGCAAGAGAAGACCGAGAGGACCGAGCCACUACUCCAUGAGAGACCGAUUAUGCAGAGCCUUCCUCAUGCCUUCCAGCAAGCGCCCCCGCAGUUUGCCUACCAGAACUCAUUCCCGAUGUACCGCUAUGUGCCAGUUCCUCAGCCUCAGCCAAUGUUUGGUGCGGCGUUGAGGGCGUUUCCAGUGGCACAGGGCGCUGCCAAUACCGCUCCUCAGUUUCCGCCCGAGCUUCAGCACCUCCAGGGGCAUAUCAAUCACCUCACAACUAUCCUAGCCGCGAACCCGAUUGACCUGCACGCCAAGCGUGAGUUGGAUCGGCUGCUGGCGGAUCGCAAUGCCUUCUUGGACUCUGCGACUAGGAGACCUGCGCCGACGACUACUCUAGGACACAUUGAGGCUUCGAAUUCCAAGCCUGCUGAUUUACGCUCCAUUGCUGAGAAGGGAUUGACUGCCGACAGCGUGCCCAGCAACGAGUCGCAGAAAAAGGCUGCUGCCAGUAUUGCAUCCAGCGAUGAACGCGGUGCGCUAAAUCUGCACAUUUGCUCUGGCUGCGGUGAAACGCGCUCUCCCAGCUUUCACAGGAAGCAUCCUUUCGCGAAACCCGUUCACAAUGUCUGCAAAAAAUGCCGCGAGGGCAGGCGAAGCAGCAGCAUCAUGAGUCGCUACCACUUUUGCAGCAGCUGCGGCAUUGUCCGGUCAAAAGACUACCACCGCCGCCGCGGAGGUGAAACUGCUGUGUCGACGCGGUCCAAAAUUUGUCGCAAAUGCCACGCAAAUGGCGAUCAUGUCUAUCGGUCUACGAACGAGGCAUGCCGCGAGGACGAGGCUCCGACCAAAGACCGCAGACACAAGUCGGUCGAUCCAAAGCCAGUUCCUUGCAAUACGCCGCAGAAAGGAUCAGUCAGAGUUGAGCCUCGUGUCAGACCUAUUCACUCGCGUCGACACGGUGGCUCUCCAGAUGAUGCUGAGACUUGUGGAUAUGACGGCGUUUCUGACUUGACCUCAGCGACUUUCAAGACCAAACGAACUAGAAAUGAGCGUCCUUCUGUCAAACAGGAAGCUUUUACUACCUACCAAUCGCCCGAAAUCAGUGAAGAUGCCAGCUCCAACCAGCCCGCGUCAAUAGAGAGCAUUUCUCUAUCCACGGUACCAGAAUAUCCCAUUUUCAUGGAAGGCACUGCAACUGCGGCACGCUCCCCCCAAAUUUCUGCUCAUGGUUCAGCUUCUGAGGAGUCGUUGCACGCAUCACAGCAGGACACCACGCCCAUCAACCCGUACUAUCAGCCUCGCAACACCACUGGGCGACUUUCUUCCCCUUUCCACUACGAGGAAACUUUAUAUCGCAAAUCCUCCCCCGCCUCUGAACGCGCCCCAUCGCAGGAUUCUUUUCGGGUUUCUGAUCAGUACUCUGGACCAUGUUCCCCCGAGGGCCCUCACGGGCCACGUUUCGUCGACCGCAACCAGUCUUGGCCGGGCGAUCUCAACCUGCCCUCUCCCGGCGGCGCCUUUUCCCAGUUUUCCCACACCUCUCGCAAAGCCUCCGCGUCCGAAGGCGCGCCGAGCCCAAUCACUCGCGACUAUCUGCUUCCUGACGACUUUGACCACAGCGAGCGCUUCACCAAAGGCGCCUUUGGCAAGAUUCCAUCUUUCUCCUCCGCCUUCAGGCCUAGCAGCAAUAGUCCACCCUCGUGCCCCUGGGCCAGCUUCAGCGGACCUAUCCCGAACCCUUCGUCUGAGCCUGCUGGGAGCAGAGGUGCAUUUAGCAACGCCAGCCGCGAGUCCGCUUUUGGUCGCCGCUACGAUACGUCGCCGGAGCCUACCUCGCCUGCGGAUUCUCCGGGCUUCCCGUUUCGCUUCGGCUGUCAGCCGACGUCAUAUGCAGACCGGGACGACGAACGAGCCACCCGUGGAGGGUUUGCGUCGACGCGCGGGGCAUGGAACAUUAACACAGCCGGCACAUCGUCGUGUGCACCACGCCACGGAGGGAAUGACUAUGUACCGGAGCCCAUCAUCGAGGAGCCAUCCUCGCCUCUUCUCAAGUCGCCGCUGACUACACCGCUUUUGCUGGAAUUCAAUCUUGCAGAUGCCAUGUCUGACUCGGGCGUCGAAUUACUCACAGAUCCUUCUUCUUCGUCCGCGUCAACCUCCUCGUCGCCGUCGCCAGAGGACGAGGACCUGCUCGCUUCACGCCUCGACAGUCUCACCGUCGACAAUCACUAG